GGCUCGAGUGGCUGUAGCUGCGCCGCGUUCUUCGAUAGCAACGUCUGAAGUUGCCUGAUGCUCUACGGCGGGCAAGAUGCCUGGCAGCCAUGAACGCAUACCCAGAUGACUACGUCUUCCACAACCUGCCACUGCUGGUCCUCUCUGGCUUGGACGAUGGAAGCCAGUCUGAGCCUGCUACAAACAGCCGGACUCAUGCCUUCUUGCAGGAAGGUGGCUUCAGGAUAAAGACAGACAUACCAGCUGUCAAGAGUCCACUUGCGGAGCAGUUACUACGCUCAUUUCGCCGACAAGAUGCUUCCACCAUCUCCUGGCAUUCGCGAUCGGUAACUGCGCGUAACGGUAAGGUCUUUAAGAUUUCGAACGUUGGCAGGGUCUACACGCUUCCUCCUCGUAAAGCACCACCUCCACCUCACUCUCCUCGUUUGUCGGCCGUCGUUGCAAAUGGAAGUCCUCCACCACCGCUCGUCCUACACUCCCCUCUAUCGCCAUUAACACCCAGCUCGCCUUUGUAUCCUGACGGCAUCUUGUCUCCUCUAUGGGUCACAAAACAUCAGUCUCGGCUCCCCUGCGCUCUUCUGGCCUGCUUCUCACUCACAUCCGACUCCCACACAAGUUCUCUUCAAGACAAUAAGCUAAAAUCUGAGAUCAACAACGUCCGCAAUGUGCUAUCUGCGACGAACUACAAGACGAAACUUGUGGUGAUCCUGAUAGGCGACGGCGCUACAAGCCCGUCUGACCUCGAAGAUCGCUUCAACACUAUUCGACGUGCGGCCGGGCUUGAUGGAAAAAGCAUCUUCUUCCUUCCACACGAUUCUUCUUCCGUUGAGGUGACGGAAUUUGUCAAUACCGUGCUUUCCUCUCUGCAUCCUCUUUGUAUAGAAUAUUACCGCGAUCUUUCGAAGCACUGCCGACGAAAGCGCAAUAGAAAUGUUGUACCGCAGCCUACUAUACAGCCAGGGGUUUCCCACAUAUUGUCCUUACAGGGUUGGAAUGUCCGAUAUGAAUUCAAGCUUGGUGUUUUCGCCGAGUUUCGACAAGAGAUGGAUGCGGCCUGUCGUAACUACGAGACUGCUUACGAUGGCUUGUUUGGUCCCGAACUCAUAGAUGCAAUCGCUGUCUGGAGCCCACGCUUCAAUGAGGCAAGGUCGUUGGCGGAUGUCAUCGCAUUCCGUAUAAUCAGGUGUCUGCUGUGGGCCGAUCAAGGGACGACCGCGGUGAAGGCCUGGAUUGGCCACAGAGAAAGAGUUAGAGAUUUGGUCAAUCGCAGGGGAAAAGGAACGGAAAAUUAUGGCUGGGAGGCAUGGCAGAGCAAUUGGGCCAAAGUAAUGGCGGAUCUGAUGUCAAGAUCGGAAUAUCCUUUGCUCAAUAUCAAGAUUCCGGACGCCCCAAACCUCAUGCCGAUUUUUGCUGAUGCCGACAAGAAUCUAGCUGCUGCCGAACACGUGGCUCCUUGGGAACAGCUACACCAUGAAGGAUACUGGCUUGACAUAGCAAGGAAGUGCACAGUGUCACGGCGGAAUCGGGCUCUGGAGAUCCCUGAAGAAGACAGACAGUCCCCUGGUCGUUCACCCGCAUCCCAGGUGGCGAGCAAAGCUCAUCUCUACGACACUUAUCUUGCUCUCGAGCCUUAUCGCGAGGCGCCAGCAGAUGGAAGUGACGGGUAUGACUACACGCAAGACAUCGUUUCCUCGUUGAAAGCUUCCAUCGAACACUUUGCACGCCGGGGUCAGCUUCGGAAAAUUGAGAUCUUACAACUCGAGAUGGCACUGGAGCAAAUGCGAUCCGAGUCCUGGACCGCAGGCAUCGCAACGCUUCGGACUCUGUGGCUAAGUCAGCAUUGGAGGCGCGCUGGAUGGUGGAGACUGCUCCAGCAGCUCGGCUGGACCCUUUUGGACUGUCUCGCAAAAGCCCACCAUCCCGAAGUACAUAUCCAGCUAUUGUGGGAACUAUCGAGCAAUGUCUUCAAACGGAAGCCAGGAGCCGAAGACGAUCUGCACAAAGCUCUAGAUUCAGUUGUUACUGACGGUCCCCCGCCCUCUGUAGCAAUUGACAUGGAUGGCGCAUUGUCGCCAAUUGUUCCAGCAUUUGCGUUCUCUACCCACGAUGUAUUCGUCGGGGAGGCAUUGGAGUGCCAGCUAAGCUUGCGCUCUCGGGCACAAACGUGGCUGCGACCAAUCCGACUUUCGGAGGUCAAGGUCGUCUUCGAGGGAUCCCUGAAGCCGAUUUAUCUGGUUGGGAGUGACAGCGAAGCACUCCCAACCGGCUCUUCGACUGUUGAGAUUUGUGAUGUUGCGCUUCAAGAAUCGACUACGGCAAAUCGGAGGUCAUCUGCAGGCGCGAUUGCUUCUCUCACCGGAAAUGCCAAUCUUAGCAUACCGUCGGAUCACACCAAAGUCUUCCGCCUUCGGACUGUGCCCAGAGAGGCCGGGGAGGUGUCAAUUGCUUCCAUCAGGUUGCUACUCGACUACCAGGAGUAUUCGCUUGCUGUCACCGUUUCUGAUUUUGGACAUUCUGUGGCUCAAUGGUGGGAGACAAAGAAUGGUAGAGUCAUCGCUCGGCCUUUUGGUGAAGAAUCCAAUGCUUACAACAGAAUAACUGUACAACCAAAACCGCCAAAACUGCAGAUUGAAGCGUCAGGUCUUCGCAGAUCCUACUACACAAAUGAAUUCAUCAGUAUCAGCUUCGACGUCAAGAAUGACGAGGAGGAGGACACAUUGGUAUCCAUCAGCGCUCGUAUGAUCAGCCCUGUUGAGGGAGCUGCCCGGUUAAAGUGGCUCGAUUCAGUGCCGGAGCAGGCACCAACCUCAGAAGCAGGCAUACUGACCUUACCGCCGCGGGAUUUGGGAACCAUGAACCCAACCGAAAAGAUCACUGUCUCGAUAUGCAUUGAUCAGACAGUGGUUGCCGUGGACCACGAAGUCGAGGUCGUUGCGACAUACAGGUUUGCCACUGAGCCAGAAACGGUCUUAACGAAGAGCUUGACAAUUGACGUCGGGGUCAUCCGUCCCUUCGAGGCCAAUUACGACUUUGUCCCACGCUUAGAUGACGAUCCAUGGCCGAACUUCUUCCUGGCUCCUCCACCCGAGUCUGACUCCUCCACGCCGCUGGGCUUGAGACACAAGUAUUCCGUUGUCGCCAACCUUUACUCCUUCGCUACCGAGCCUUUAACAAUUGAAGCCAUUUUACUUACGGCCACCAAGAUCCAAGGUGGGGCGAUAUGCUCAGCAACCACGGGCGUCGUGCGAAAGUCGACCACCUCCGACACUACUCCAGACAAAGACACAAUCUCCUCGGUAGUUCUGCCAGACCAAACUGCCAUUUUCGACUUCGAGUUAGCUCUACAAAAACUGGUUCUUGGUGAUCGGCAUACCGUGGGUAUUGAUCUUGCCCUUGAGAUUGGAUGGCGUCGACAAGACUCAGACGAAGUUAACACCACAGUCCUAGAAGUGCCCAAACUGAUAGCGGCAAUGGCAGAGCCCAGGGUCAUGCUCACAACAUCUCAUGCUGCACUGAGCUCAUCAGAGUUCUCUGCGCAUCGCCUGAAUUUUACAAUUGAGAAUCCAAGCAUGCACUUUCUCACGUUCAACGUCUCGCUGGACGCAAGUGAGGACUUCGCGUUUAGUGGCCUAAAGGCGUGCUCUCUGAGUCUGACUCCUAUCAGCAGGCAAACCCUGACGUACCGAAUACUACCCAACAAAAAGGAUGAAUGGAUUGCAGUCCAUCUCAAUGUGGUAGACGCAUAUUUUGGACAGGCUUUGAAGGCCCUACCUGGCGCUGACAACGUGAAAGUGGACAAGAAAGGGAUUGUGUUUGUAAAGGUAUAGAUAUUUGGGCUCGGCCUCUGAAUGUCUAUGUAUUACGAAGCUCCAACUGAUUUUCAC